AUGUGCCUCGCCAUUCAUUCCACGCGGUGUCUCGACAUCCAACUCCAGGCUGCGAGAUCGAGCUGGAGCCUGCGCUGUUAUGAUCCAGACCGCGCCGCUCUCGCCGGAUUGGGAGUUAACGCGGAUGCUGGCCUCGUAGCUGCGGCCAAUGUAGAUGGGGCCAAGGAGCAGGUAGGCGAUCUGCCAGUGCCCGUCGUUGGACUCAACGGUCCCGUCGCGAACCUGAAAGCCUCUCUUGAUGGCGUCCUAGUAGGAGCCGGAGACGGCGCAGACGACGAGGGAGCCGUCGUCCGAGACGUCGACCUUGGGGUGGACGCCCUGUGUACAGAGAUUCAGGCCGAGGGUGACGAGGUCCACGUUGCCAGUGCGCUCGCCGUUGCCGAAGAGGCAGCGCUCGACGCGGUCGGCGCCGGCGACGGCACAUCAGUGGUCAUUACGUUGGGGGUUAAACAUCUCGACGGUGGCGGGGAGGUUGAAGAUGACGGGCACCUCGCCGGUGGGCUCUUAGGCGGCCUCGACGGCCUCGCAGAUGCGGACGACAAACUCGGGGGAGGUGUCGGAGAAGGUCUCCGGGCUAAACUCGAACGGCCACUUGGUGCCGGACUAGACAGCCCUCCGGAAGCACUCGCUAGUGGCGAGGUAGAUCUGGACGAUGGCGUUCUUGGCGCCCCUCGAGGGACUCUACUGUCCUCUUGA